AGAGUAAAAAGUAAUAAAAUUAUAUCUGAAUUUCGUGUUUACGAGUUCAAAAUGUCACCGAUAUCAAUUAUUUUAUUACCUCGUAAACAACAUUAAAAUUUGUAUGAUACGAUAGUUGGAAAAGUUUCCCUUCGUUCGCGUAGGAUCCGCUUUCAUUGGGCGCGCGAAAACGCGUCCGCUUGCGUACGAUCAGCAAUUUCACCAAGUACGAUUCUGAUAAGAGAUGCCUGCUUGUUGAUAAGACAUGCCCCCGGACUUUCAGUCAAACCGAGUCAGUGGAACAUCGCGGCUGAGUGAAUCUCGCCGGUCGUGUUUUACCAACACGCUCGCGGUUUCGCGAGUAACACUAAGAACGCGUUAUCGCGGGCCCAUUACGUUCGGUUAAUGAGCAACAGAUAACAACAAUAAACGAAGAGGACACAAAAAAGUGCAAUCUUGUAAACGAUGUUUUUUCCACCCUGGAUUUAAUAGUAACAGCAAUAAAACCGUGCGAUAGCUUCGUCCUCUCUUGUUGAAUCUGUGAUAUCAGUAUUAAUUUUCGAAGCUUUAAAAGCAUCUAAACGAUCAACAUCUCUUUCAUUUUGUGAGUAGUUCUCUGAGAUAUUGUGUCAGUCGAAGAUCGAGUAAUUUUAUGUUAAUUUAAAAAUUUUGUAUUAUUACCCUGCAAAAUUAUAAUUGUUAAAUUGCAACGUUUGAAAAAAUAAAAAUAAGGUAAAGAGAAAUGAAAUUAGAAUACACUACACCAGGGAUCAAAAUGUUAAUAUCAGUUUGAAAUCUAAGGCUCUGGUGAUUUUAUAUUAAUCUGAAAAUUUCUAUCAUCUGUAAUUUGUAAAAUUACCAAUUGUCAAAUUGCAACAUUUGAAGAAAUAAAAAUAAGGUGAAAAGUAAUAAAAUAACGAUACACACCAGGGAUCAAAGUGUUGAUAUCAUUUCGAGAUCUGACUCAUGAUUUUAAAGCUAAUCUGAAAAUUUCUGUCAUCUAUAAUUUGCAAAAUUAUGAAUUGUCAAAUUGCAAUGCUUGAAGAAAUAAAAAUAAAGUGUAAAGCAAUAAAAUAACGAUACACGACAGCAGGGAUCAAAGUGUUGAUAUCAUUUCGAGAUCUGACUCAUGAUUUUAAAGCUAAUCUGAAAAUUUCUGUCAUCUAUAAUUUGCAAAAUUAUGAAUUGUCAAAUUGUCAUAAGACGGAAAGUAAUAAAAUAACAAUACACGACACCGAGUAUCGAAGUUUGCAAUUACUAGAAAAUUUUAAUAUAAAAAUUCCAAAAGAGUGCAAAGUGUAAAUGGAAGCGAUUGAAAUGCAGUUCUGAGCACCGAUUGUUGUGAAACAAUGACAUGUCAAGGAUGAUCGAAGAAGAUCCAUCUAACUGUCGUUAGAUAUCGUGAACGAAAAAUAGAGGAAGCGGAGGAAGUUGUCAAGGGAACCGAUAGGACAGGUGUUUGCAGUGACGUAAUCAGUCCAUUUUCUUGCAAAUGAAAAGAGCAAACGUUAUUGUUAGUAACUGAUAAGUGGAGACCGGUGGUCAGGUAUUGGCUCGUGCGUAUAAGACGUCCUACAUCAUUGCUCGUACAUCAGUAGAUCCUCCAGCGGUUAACUCGACACCUUGCGAUCAUCGAAUACCCAGCUGUUUCAUCGACAAACAAGAUUGGACGAUGAUGUCGAAGAGGAUUUAAAGGUCAACGUUUAAAAAAGAUCUGGACGAGAAGACUAGUGAAAUUUUUAUCGUGUUCUAAUUAAAGAUAAUAAUCAUCGAACGCCGAAAACAGACUGUGAUCAUAGCAAAAUAACCCAAACAAAUUCGAUCGCGGUGGAAGUCAAAAUAACUUCAGAUAAUCAUCGGGAAUGUCUUCGCUUUUUGCCUCGAUGGUGAUUAUCAUUGGAGAUCGAUCGCGAUAAAUUAAAAGACGAUAAUUAACAACGGGAACUGGAUUUUCCAUUUUGAUCGCCAAUAAAAGUGAUAAAUAAACAGAAACCGUACGAGGCUGGCAAUUAUUCAGGAAAGUAUCAGGAACUAUCGACACUCGAGGUGAGUGAAAGAGUGUAAGGAUUUUUCUCGUGAGAAAUUCCUUGGCUUAUCGAUAAGUCGCUGGUCGACGAUCUAAUCGCGGGAUCUUCAAGAUCGCGGAAAGAAGAGGUGUUUGCUUGAAGAAAAAAUCCUUCGGCCAGGGAUCCUUGAUCGAUAAGAAACGAGAAAUUGAGGUCUCGACUAAGAAGAAUAAAUAAUAAUAAAGAGAUGACAGAAAAUUCUAAGAAAAUCGUGUUUUGAAUAAGAAAGUUCUUUCACCUCAAACGCACACCUGAUUAAAAGAUCCAACGAGACGAUUGAAUAUAAAAAUAAAAAAAAUGAACGGAGAAGUACCAAAGAGUGCAGUUUCGAAUGAAAAAUCCUCAGCAGAGAAAGAAGAGAAACAAAAUCUGUUGCCGACGUUGGUGCAAACUGUUCCGGUGAUCGUAAAAGUACCAAACAGUACGUGCGCCUCGUUCAGAAGCAGGAGUCGUUACAGAGCAGGUCCAACGCGGAAGCUUCGUCGACGAGCGGUGUUAAAGAACGGGGACUGCAACGUGCUGCAGUCGCGGAUCUCCAGACGUUCCCUCCGUUUCCUCCAGGACAUAUUCACCACCCUAGUGGACACGCAAUGGCGAUGGACGUUGCUCUGCUUCAGUUUGAGCUUCGUCCUCUCCUGGUUAGGAUUCGCGGUGAUCUGGUGGUUGAUCGCCUUCACCCACGGCGACUUCGACGAACGUCACCUGCCGCCAUACCAGACGGAGAACAACUGGACACCAUGCAUCUACAACAUAUUCUCCUUCACCAGUUGCUUCCUGUUCAGCAUCGAGACGCAGCACACGAUCGGUUACGGUAGCCGUUCGACCACCGAGGAGUGUCCCGAGGCGAUCUUCGUAAUGUGCAUUCAGAGUAUCGCCGGUGUGAUGAUACAAGCGUUCAUGGUCGGCAUAGUGUUCGCAAAGAUGAGCAGACCGAAACAGAGGACCCAGACGCUGUUGUUCUCGAGGAACGCGGUCAUUUGUCAAAGGGACGGUGAAUUGUCACUGAUGUUCCGUGUCGGUGACAUGAGGAAGAGUCACAUAAUUGGAGCUGCGAUCAGGGCUCAGGUGAUUCGUUCGAAGACCACAAAGGAGGGGGAGAUAUUGUCGCAGAAUCAACAGGAAUUAGCCGUCGGCACCGACGGUCAGAACGAGAAUCUGUUCUUCAUCUGGCCGACCACGAUCGUCCACAAGAUCAACGCGGACUCGCCGUUUUAUAACAUGUCCGCGGAGGACAUGCUGACGGAGAGGUUCGAGGUAGUGGCGAUCCUCGAGGGUACGAUAGAGUCUACCGGGCAAACGACUCAAGCUAGAUCCAGCUACCUGCCCCAGGAGAUACUCUGGGGUCACAGAUUCGAGCCGAUGGUAUCUUAUUCGAAGGAGAGACAAGGAUACGAAGUGGAUUACUCGCUGUUCAAUAGCACGACCCAGGUCGACACGCCUCUGUGCUCCGGCAGAGAGCUCGCUGAGUUUUAUAAGGUGCAGGAGGAGCUUCGUCAUGGGAACGGUGCGAUAAUCGACGAGGAUUUCCUAGGGGAGCCCUGUCAGGACGCCCAGUGGCAUUGCGGUCAUCGUCCAGCCACCGUGUCUAACCAUCACCACCAUAACCAUCCCGUGACGUACGUAGACAGUGCCAGAAGCGAGACCAGCACCGAGGAGACGAUACCCUGUCGUAACGCUUGCAGGGACACCUCCGUUUAUCACGGACCGACGAUACCGUCUCGAGAUCACGGCCAGUACAAGAUCCUCGACUUAGAUCCCGACGGUAUUCAAGUGAUGGCCGAGUGCGAGCUUCAGCAGCUGCCGGAAGCGGUGAACAAGGAGAUCCUGAAGAACAGUCGCGAGAUCAUCUUCGAGGAGCCAGAGACAUGGAGAGAAGGGAGCCCGUUACUCAGAUCCACCUGUCGACGUGGGGUAAACAAACAUCCUCUGCUGGACGAAGAGAGGAGAUCAUUGAACAGUUCCAGAAGAAGCCUCUACCAUAGGAACAUUAUCAGAGGGAUGGAAGAGGAGAAGAGAUCUCUCGAUGGUUCCAGGAAGAACCUUACCGCGUCCAGAAGGUAUCUGUUGAUUCCUUUGGACAGCAAGACUCCAGAAACGAACAAGGACAAUCUUCCGGUAACCAGAAGACACACUGGGAGCAGGGAGCGUUUGAAUUCGAUGAGGAAGAACAUUUGUGUGAAAGGAUCGAAGGAGACACCGGAAUUGAUCAACCGAGGGAGAUUGAACUUCAACGACGACAGACUGAUCAUCGAAACGGAGAAAUGUCCGAAAUUACCUCGGACCCAGGAGUUGUUGUCCGAAAGCAACAGGACGUCUCUGUCCGAUCCGAAUCUAUCACCGAACGGGUAUGCUUCCUCGAGGUGUUGCCAGUCGCCGAUUCUGGGUCAUCCUAUAUCUCCAGAGUCCGGGUUCUACGAAGGAACCCAAUGGAGCUCCAGUCCGGAGUGCGUCAGAAAGGAUCUCCGGGUUCCAAACGAAGCGGCGAUGACGAGAAACAGAAGGAGCUACGAGAAUGCUCAACUACAGGACGUGAACGAGGCUCUCUCGAGGCCGAACAGCGACAACAGCUCGCUGGACAGCGACGAGUGCGGCAAGAAUUCGUGCAACGACACCGUUCCUCGGAAAUAUCCCGAGAGGAACGUUGUUUCGAAACAGCCGAUCUCUUACACGAGCGUCUGACGAAGAAAGUGUGCCUUUCCCCGGACCUUAGUGCCUUAUCGCUUCCAAGUGCCAGUGCGAUCGCGUUUUACGUACGAUUCGAUCGUUUCCGAAACAAGGUAUUCGUGAUCGGUCGUUGCUCAACCCUCGAUUGCAAAAACGUAACACACUUAUACGUUUCAGGAUUUUUUUUUUUCUUUCUUUCUUUCUUUCUUUUCAAUCUACAAUCGCGAUACGAGAAAUUCUCUCGGUCGUACUUUCUCUUCGUUUCGUCAGAACGAUUAAUAAAGGAAGGAUAUUUUAGAUUCUAGUCGAUUCCGAUUGGUCGUCGAGGGUUGAAGGACUGAGAAUAAAGAUAGACUAAUCCACGGGCUUGUUUAUAUAAUUAGAUAUCGGGUCAUUCCAUAAAUAAGUGUCGUUUUUCACGCGCAAGUUUAAUUAAGGACGGAUUCUUAUGAAAAUAUUUUCGAAAUUUCGUCGAAUAAAGAGCGAUGUUAAUUAUGGAACGAGUCGAUCGAUUUAUUAUCUACGAAAACCGAGUAUUUUUCUGAUUCAUUUUUUGCAUUGAUUGUAAAUCGCUUCGAGGCCGCAGGUCGGUUUCGAGGAAUCAAACUCGCGUUAAUUUAGAAAAGAUUAAUCUCGUAGAAAGCGUAUGUUCUUCACGGAUAUAUUUUCGAGAAUGUGUUCGAAAGCGAAGCAUGCAAAACGCUUUAGUCAAGUGAAUCUCUCUAUCUCUCUUGACGAUAAAAAGAAAAAAGAAAACGAAAGUUCGAGCAUUUAAAGUCAGCAUGUUUUGUUUAUAGACUUAGGCGUAUACUAGGUAUCGCGAGAAUGUCUCUGCACUAAGAUGAAAAGUGUAUUUUUGCAAUUUAGAAACGUACAAACGUGUUAGCGAAUUAAGUCGAAGACGAAAAUCACAGAUACAUUGAAUAUUUCUGUGCUUUCUUCGGUUUCCGAAACUUUCACGAUCGUACGCGAACAAACUUUCUACACUUUUGCGCUCAUUCUCGAGGAACAAAACGAUCUGGAAGUUUGAAACUGUAUUGGCGAUGGAAGACAGAAGAAAAUCGUCUUUUAUCUUAUAAGGAGAAACGUAAUUAAAAACACUCGUUUAAUUAAAAAAAAAAAAGGAUAAUUAAAUAAAAAUCAUAGAUUUUUUCCUUGUAAGAUAAAGUAGCCAUUCAGCUACGAAAAAAGUGCCUUGUUUCUAUCCUCGCCAGAAAGAAGGUAACGUUUGUUCAUUAUCCGAUCAGCCUCGUUGAUAUUUAUUGCUUCCACGUUAUUUUAAGUAAUUAGCUGGUCGUUUGUAUAUAAAAUGUAAUUACAAAAAAGACAGUGUCUUCGAUCGAGUAUCGGUUGAACUCGGUUCCACUGUUUCAGCCGGAUCGAUUGAGAAAACAAUUAUUCUGAUAUUUAAUUUAGGUGGAGAGCAUCGAGAAAACCUCGGUUUGAAUGGUUGUAACUCUGAGUGUUCCUCGGGGACAUGGAUUAACCUGCCAUCGUGACUUCUAGCGUAAAUUGUGAAAAUGUUAUUUGUAAUAAAGACCAUUCGAAACCUA